AGCACCUGCUCUCCCUGCAUUCAACUGUCAAAAUUUUAGGUGUGCAUAUUUCAAAAGUUUAAAUUCAAAUUAUCCACCGUAAAACAUGACUAACAAGAUAAAUUCGAAAUCGAAAAAAGGCUCCAAUCGUUAUUCGCUUUAUUUUAAUUUACAAAAGCAGCUGCCGAAAGAAAAAAAAUUCUCCACUCACGAGCUGCAGGAUCAGGAGAGUGUCUACGUUGUUAAUCGCCGGAAACGUUUACGCGCCGCCACCAAGCAGCCCGAGCUGCCCAAAUGGCGACGUGUCGAAAAGAAUUUUGUUGCCGAGCAGCAGGACAAUGCCGGCAUGUUGGACAACAGCGAGACAUACGCGCCCGCGCAUUUCUAUCGCGAGCCAAAUAUAUCGCUGGACGAAUUGCAAACACCGCCGGCGGCGCGUGGCAUUCGCUUGAGCAUCUGUGUGGAGCACACGCGCUUUCCGCUGGUGGCGAAAAUCUCCAAGAGCAUGGGACUGCAGCAUGUGCCCGAGCAUCGUCUGUGGAACCUCCAAUGGUGCGACAGCACACCGCAUUUGGAUCUGCUGAAGGCCAUGAAACGUUUUCAGCAAAUCAAUCACUUUCCCGGCAUCAAUGAAAUCUGCCGCAAGGAUUUACUCUCGCGGAAUUUGAAUCGCAUGCUCAAGCUUUAUCCGGGCGACUUUCGCAUAUUUCCCAAGACCUGGCUUAUGCCAACAGAUGCCUAUGAUGUGGCUGUGUACGCGAGCAAGCAUAAGCGCACGUAUAUAUUGAAACCGUAUUCAUCUGGUCAGGGGCGUGGCAUUUGGUUAACAAAUAAUUUACGCACUGUGGCCAGGCGUGGCAAGCAAAUCUGUCAGACCUAUGUGGAGCGGCCUCUGCUCAUUGAUGGUUACAAAUUCGAUCUGCGCGUCUAUACGCUCAUCACCUCUGUGGAUCCCUUACGCAUUUUUGUUUAUAACGAAGGCCUAGCGCGCUUCGCCACACAGAAGUAUAUGCCACCCGAUUUGAACAACAACAACAAUGUCUAUAUGCAUCUGACCAACUAUUGUCUGAAUCGACGGAAUUCCAAAUACGAUAUGGGCAAUGGCGAUGAGGGCGGCUCGAAGCGCAAACUAAGCGCCUUUAACAAAUGGCUAAAGGACCACAACUAUAGCGUGGAGGACUUUUGGGCAGCAGUAGAUGAUGCCAUCAUCAAGACGGUCAUCAGCGCUUGGCCAGUGCUAAAGCAUAACUAUUGCAGCUGCUUUCCCAAGCAUGACAAGAUCCAAGCGUGCUUUCAGCUAUUGGGCUUCGAUAUACUGGUGGACUGGAAACUGAAACCCUAUAUACUGGAGGUGAAUCAGACGCCCAGUUUAUGCACGGAUCAGCCAGUGGAUCAUGAGGUGAAGCGGCCGCUGAUAAGGGACACGCUCAACUUGCUGAGCACACCGCUGGUGGAUAAGGAGGAAAUAAUACGCGAAGAUCGCGUUGCAUUGAGAGAUCGCUUAUUGCGUCAAGCGCACAGGCGACGCGUUGAAGCAAAAGAUGCCAAUAACAAGGAUCUCUAUAGCGCUUGCUCACUCAGCGCGCUGUCACAGCAAAUCGCCUGGGAGGAGAGUCACUUGGGCAACUACAGACGCGUUAUGCCGCCCACUGAUCACGACAAAGUGAACUACUACUGCAAGUUUUACGAUCAGGACAAGCAAACGCCCAUGUUCCGGGAGACAGCGAGCAGUCGUAGUCGCUUGAGACUGAAUCGCGAGCAGAUGCGUUUGCGUAAUCUAAAGCAGAAUAAGGAAGAUGACCUCAAGCAACGCUCGUCUAGCAAGAGCAAGGAGAUAAUCGGUCAAGUCUUCAGUGCAAACAGCAAAAUAGCGCGACGUCAAAUGCGUAAGCAGCGACAGCUGGCAGCGAAGGAAGCGGAAGAGAAAAAGCAGCAGAAGCAACUGACGCCGCCGACAGUCAGGGAAACCAAGACCAAAGCGGAAGCCAGUGCAAAAGACUCAGUGGUCAGCACAGCAAGCGGCUCCAAGUCCGACGAGCAAGUCCACACCAAAACGAAGCAAACUCUGAGCUUGCAAAAGGCGAAGCGGCAAAAGAGUCGACGUCAGUUGCAGCGACGUACGCGCCAGGCGCGACGUCUGGAGCGUGAAUCACGCAAGGAUGCCGAGUUUCUGAACAAUCAUAGCAUUAAACGAGCAGCGUGUGAGCGCUUGCCUGGCGGCAGCUCCAAGCAGCUGCUAUCAGCGCCUGCUAAGAAAUGCAACAGCAACAACAGCGGUAAUAAAAAGAAGCCUAGAACGAAAACACAGUUGAAGCUCAGGCAAGUGGAGCAGCAGGCAGAGAGCAGCAGCAGCGGCGGCAACAAGCAGCGUAGAGCAAAUGCAGUAAUUAACAAAGAGUGUGUUAAGAAAAUUGCAUUGGCAAUGAGUGAAAAUUGGCAGCCCAUGCCCAUCUGCGAGGCCGAAGAGCAGGGCGAAGUGCAAUGGCGACAAGAGCGCAGCGCUACGCUUAAUAAUUGGAAAAUUCAGGAAUUGCUAUUUACGGAAAUGUAUGAACAAGGACAUUUAACCAAAAAUGACAUAAAGCAAUUUCCAAAGCUACUGUAUCGCAUACUCUGGGGCAAUAUGGCAGGAAAUUAUACGAGCAUGGAAUAAAUACUGCAUGUGGAGUUUUUCUUCUUGCGCAGCGGAUUUCAUACUACUCACAAGGGAUGUCAUUAUGCUGGAUGCUGAAGUAAAAAUGACGAAAUAUGCUUAGUGUUCAGCUUCAAAACACACACAGAAACCCACACAACGUAACAGAGAAAGUAUAAAUAGUAGUUUUGUAGCAAAGUUAAAAACAUAUGGUUAAGCAGAAAAAAAAAUAACAAAUAAAAAAAUA